GUUCAAUAAAUGACGAUCUCAAGUCAACGAGAUUCUUCGCUUUGCUAAGGUUCAAAGAUGUUGUCUUCAUGUCUCGAACCCGUGAUUUUUUGGACAAAAAGGAGUAAUCUUUUACUAUGUUCCUGAAUCGAUGCCUCCUAUGAAUUUUUUGAUUCACGCAAUUAGUUCAUCCUGCAUUGGAUGGACAGGCAUAAAAAAUAUGGUUGGCGCUUUGCUUAACUUGGUAAGUAAUCUGCAUUUUAAGUUCUAUUUCUUAUCUGCAACUUGCAGGCAUCUCAUGUUGCAUCAGUUGAAGGAUUGCCGGUCUUUGACUGCUCAUUGGAAGUAUCAUGUAUGAACAUUCACAUACUAUCUCGAUGCAAGAAUUCGUAGUGAAAAUUUUAUUCUUAUUCUCUUUCAUAGAAGCAACACGUGAAUCCUUGGCAAAGACAGUCUAUAAGCUGUUACCGAAGCAAGAUUUGUCGAGAGUGGGUUGUUUCAGUCCCAAAUCUUACAUUGAUUUUGAGGUGUGGCAUCUUGAGUUGAUUUCGGGACUGGUCAUUCUGAUAUCACUUAGCCGAUAUCUAUUAUUGAAGACAUGGCCGGAUUUCGCAGAGUCCAGCGAAGCAGCCAAUCAGCAGGUCCUUACAUCACUUCAACCUUUGGAUUACAUAAUCGUUGCAUUUUUGCCCGGGGUCAGCGAGGAACUUCUUUUUCGGGGUGCCUUGCUACCACUUUUUGGAUCCAAUUGGAGGAGCGCCUUGAUAGUCGCCAUCAUUUUUGGUGUUCUACACCUGGGCAGUGGCCGAAAGUAUUCCUUUGCUGUCUGGCCAACUUUUGUGGGUCUUGUGUAUGGUCAUGCAACCAUUGUCUCCUCUAGCCUUAUCGUUCCAAUGGCUUCUCAUGCAGUCAACAAUUUGGUUGGAGGGAUGUUAUGGCGUUACCGAUCAGAUUCAUCACGGAUGAUAUAAGAAGACUGCCACUGUCACACUUACCAGAAAUGUACAUGGUUUUUCUUGUAACUUGAGGAGUGUAUAACUAGUGAGGCACUAUCAGUAAAACGUAUUACUUCCAUUAACCACGCGAGAUUUGGGUUUACUACCGUCUAACAGUGUAUUCAACUAAUAUAAUUGUAGAACUAUUCUGGUGCAAAUUUUGAUUCACUUCGUCAGUGUUUUGCUCCAA